GUAUCGCACAGGUAUAUCCGACUCAAACAGGUGCGUCAAGCAUCGAGAGUUCAGCGCGGAGUUACAGAGAGCGAGAGAGAGAAACGCGCACUCCCCUGACAUGCAGUCCAUCAACGAACUGUUGCUCAGCAAAGUGAACGAGGCACGGAAGCCGACUGUCUGGGGCACUCUAGGCACCAUCAGACCCUUCCCGAACUUCGACCCUGAAAUGGACGCCGUGAAUCUUGUAGCUGCGAUCAAGUCUAAAGAUACCGGCGCCAUUGUGCAAAUUCUCACAAACCGGAGCAGCACCCAGAGACAGCUGAUAGCCAGGCUGUACAGAACCACAGCCGCGCAGGACCUGCUCUCAGACCUGCAGGGGGCGCUGUCGGGGGACCUCAAGUCGGUGAUCGUGGGGCUCAUGAGGACCCCGUCCCGCUUCGACGCCACGGAGCUCCGCAGGGCGCUCAAGGGCAUUGGCACAGAUGAAGACACUUUGAUUGAGAUCCUCUGCACGCGAGACAACAAGCAGCUGCAUGAGAUCAUCACAGCGUACAAACAGGAAUUCAACAGAGAUCUGGAGCAGGAUAUCGCUGACGACACUAGCAAAGACUUCCAGAGACUUCUGCUGGCAUUAGCCAAGGGAACGAGAGAAAACAACACGGACUGGAUUGACUACAGGCUGAUUGAUCACGAUGCCAAGACGCUGUACGAAGCAAAAGCAAACUCCAAGACCCCCAACCCGGACCCCUGGAUCCAAAUCCUGACCGAGCGCAGCACGGACCACCUGGACAGGGUGUUCCAGAAAUACAUAGAUUACAGCAGUGAGGAGAUUGAGAAAACCAUCCAGACCGACUUCUCCGGAGACCUGGGCAACGCACUGCUCUCCCUGGUCUCUGCGAUUCAGAACACUCCCCUCUACCUGGCUGGAAAUCUCCAGGAGGCCAUGAAGCGUUUCCUCCCCGUCUCCCGCAGGGGUCGAGGGCCGCGUCCCUCAUCCGAAUCCUGGUGUCCCGCAGCGAGACGACCUACUCAGCAUCCGGGUCGAGUACCGCAAGAAAUACGGAGUCUCUCUGUACACAGCGCUGCAGGGAGAAGCGAAGGGGGACUACCUGAAGGCAUUGCUGGCACUGUGUCGGGCUGAAGACCUUUGAGAAAUGGAACCCCAAUCCUCAACCCCAGCCUCCUGCCACCGCAAACCUGCUUCACGCAGACCCCAUCGUUCUACUCUCCUUUUCAGAACGUGACUCUAAAACAGGAUAUUAAAGCUGUCUGAAAUGAA